CUGCUCCACCUCAGCCAACCCCAGCCUUUUCAACCCAGCCCCCUAAUCACGCGCCGCCGUAAGCGCGUGGACUGUUUUCCUCCUUCCCUCACGCGUGACCAUCUCGUACAAGCAUCCUUCUCUCUCUCUUUCUCGCCCAAAACUAACAACAACAAAAGCGAAGGAGAGCUAAUCCCUGGCCUCUCUCUCUCUGCAUCUUUGGAUUCUCGUCCUCGCAGAGAGAAAUUCUUCUCCCUGCUGCUUCCUUUCUUCGUACUCGGGCCGUGGCCGGCCCCUCAUUCGGAAACCCUAGAUGCUUCUGCUGCUGCAUCUUCUUCCGUUAUCCACUCCUCGCUGCUGCCGGUAAGUUCUCUUUCUUCCCUUCCUUGUUUCCUGCGCUUCGUCUUUUUGGAAUUUCGUGUCCUCGAGUUCGCCGGAAGGCCUUUUCUACGUAGCUCAGAUCCGUUACUAUUUCCUUGUGGUAUUCCUGCUUUCGGCAUCGGACUCGAAUGCCCGGUGGAGCUCUGUUGCAUUGUUUACGGGACCUGUUUGGAUGACGAUGGAGCGGUUUUUCCUUUUUUACUCCCGGAGUGUGUUUCUCGAAUUUCAGAAGGGAGCUGUAAAAUGGCAGUGCUGCAAAAGCUCUUGAGCCGGCCUGUUGGAAUGGACUUAGAUGAUAAAUUUCGUGAGAAAGUUUCUGGUGUUCAAAGCCUUUCUUCCAGUGUCCAAAGCACCCCAGAGAAAAAUGUUAACUCCGAUGAUGCUUUAAGAAGUCCAGAACUAAUUCAAGAGUUCCUGAAAUCUUCUGGUCCCAAAAAGGAACUUCUUCGUACUUGCUUUGAUAAGGACAAGAAGCUAUCACCAUCGUUUAAAGGCAAAAUGACAGAACUGAAGUCGUUGGGUAGCAAAACAAUAAAGAAGUUGGAAUCCAAGAAAACGUCUCCUACCACCAAUAAUCAACCUUCAAAGAAGCAGAAGAGGAAGGGAGAAAACCCCAUUCGAAUAAUACCUGCACCAGACCAGUCUCCCAAUUUUGUGAGUUCAAACUCUUGGAUAUGUAAAAAUGCUGCCUGCAGAGCUGUCUUAUCCAUUGAUGACUCAUUCUGCAAGAGGUGUUCUUGCUGCAUCUGUCAUUCCUUUGAUGAGAAUAAAGACCCUAGUCUGUGGUUGUUCUGCUCAUCUGAAGCAGCUAAUGAGGAUUCUUGUGGGCUCUCAUGUCACAUUGAGUGCGCCUUUCAGCAUGAAAAGGUUGGUGUUGUUGAUCACGGACAACUCAUGCAGCUAGACGGCAGUUAUUGCUGCGCUUCUUGUGGUAAAGUAUCAGGGAUUAUCGAAUCCUGGAAGAAACAGCUCACUAUUGCAAAAGAUGCCCGUCGUGUUGAUCUGCUGUGCUAUAGGAUAUACCUAUGUUAUAGACUUCUUGAUGGAACUUCAAGAUUCAAAGAGUUGCAUGAACCCAUAAAAGAAGCCAAAGCCAAACUAGAAACCGAGGUUGGUCCGUUAGAUGGCGUUUCUGCAAAGAUGGCACGAGGCAUCGUCAGCAGACUCCCCAUUGCUGCUGAUGUGCAUAAACUAUGCACUCUUGCAACUGAAAGAGCAGACGAAUGGCUGGGUUCAGCUUCUAAUGUCAAUUCUAGCUGCAGAGAGGGCUCACUGCCCGCUGCCUGCAGGUUUUUCUUCGAAGAAGUGACAGCAUCAUCCGUCAUAAUUAUCCUGAUCGAAAUGUCUGCAUCAUCAUCCGACGAUAUAAAGGGCUACAAACUCUGGUAUACCAAGAGCAGAGAAGAGACUCCUCCAAAGGAACCUAUUUCCGUGUUCCCCAAGACUCAGAGGAGGAUUCUGAUAUCAAAUCUGCAGCCCUGCACAGAGUACACCUUCCGAAUCGUGUCAUACACAGAAUCUGGCGACUUGGGUCACUCAGAAGCCAAGUGUUUCACCAAGAGCGUAGAGAUUUUCCGCAAGCUUCCCAGCUCUUCUUCAGCUGCAGCAAAUGGUGGUACGAAAGACGACAACACCAACAACGAAGGAGGAAGCACCUCCAAAGCCACUACAGAAGGCAGCAGUGACCUCUCCGGAUUCAGGGUUCGAGAACUCGGGAAGAUCAUCCGCAUGGCGUGGGCUCAGGAGCGAGCCUGCUCCGAUGGCUAUUGCUGUGAUGCUGCCGAUUCGGCAAAACCAGAGUCCACUCAGGAUCACGAGCUGCCCGCUUCUUCCUCACGGCAACUCGAUCUCAACGUCAUGUCCGUUCCCGACUUGAACGAAGAGCUCACCCCUCCCUUCGAGUCGUCCAGAGACGAGGAUAACGACUGCACUCUGGAGGAGCACGCCGUGGAGGCAGCAGACGACGAUGCUGCUUCUCACGACAACAUAAAGAAGGGCAGUUUAGCUAGAUCGAAUGGCAGCGGCGACUCAGCCCCCGCUGUUGAUUCCCGGGGAGAUAAUAGGAAAAGGCCAGCCCCGUCGCAGCAGCAUCAAAGGGCCAACGAGGAGGUCCAUGACUGCGACAGCACUCUCAUCAACGGCUCGCCAUUUCGCCCGUCCAGGGGCUCCGGUUCGUUGGACGAGAACUUCGAGUCGUGUGUGAAAAUAAUCCGGUGGCUCGAAUGUGGUGGGCAUAUUGAUCAGGAGUUCCGCCUGAAGUUGCUCACUUGGUUUAGCUUGAGGUCCACGGAACAGGAACGGAGGGUUGUUCAUACUUUCAUCCGGACUAUGAUCGACGACCCGAGUAGCCUAGCAGAACAACUGAUCGACUCGUUCUCAGAUAUCGUAUCGAACAAGAGGCCGCGGAAUGGCUUCUGCAGUAAGUUAUGGCAUUGAGGAAAGAACUUUGUAGGAACCGGUGAAGGGAGAAAGGGGAAAUUUCUUUGUUCCCGCUUUCCUCCUUCCUUUUGCAGUGCGGUUCGGUUUCUUGGGUUUACUCAGCCCGUAUUCAUACAGCGGGGUAAACUCAAAAGUCUAAUCGGGCAUUUGAAUUGUUCUCAGGGCAUAAAAUUACUGUAGCUGUAGACUGUAGAGUACUUACUGAAGGAUAAUCAUCUAAAUUCUGAAUCUCCAAUGUGUAAUGGAUAAAUCGUCAUUAUUUUUUAACCUUUCUUCCAUUCAAAGAAGGGGAAAUCGAAUUGAUGGCAGAUUCUUAGUCCUCUGUUUUUUAGAGU